AUGCCGAAUCUUCUUCAGGCUUUUGGGGGCUUUUUCUUUAUCUUCUGGACAGCUUUUAACACAGCCUUAGUGGAUGUGGUUGGAUCGGAGCAGCAGAUCCCCUUGUCUGUUGUAAAGCUCUGGGCCUCAGCAUUUGGUGGAGAGAUCAAAUCUAUUGCAGCCAAGUACUCAGGUUCCCAGCUCCUGCAGAAGAAAUACAAAGAAUAUGAGAAAGAUGUUGCAAUAGAAGAAAUUGAUGGCCUUCAGCUUGUGAAAAAGUUAGCAAAGAAUAUGGAAGAAAUGUUUCAUAAAAAGUCUGAAGCCGUACGGCGUCUUGUUGAAGCUGCAGAAGAUGCUUACCUGAAACAUGAGUUUGAUGCUGACUUACAGUAUGAAUACUUCAAUGCUGUGCUCAUAAAUGAACGAGAUGAAGAAGGAAACUAUCUGGAGCUGGGGAAGGAGUUCAUUCUAGUGCCAAAUGACCACUUCAAUAACUUGCCUGUAAACAUCAGUCUCAGUGAUGUCCAAGUACCAACCAAUAUGUACAAUAAGGAUCCAGCCAUUGUAAAUGGAGUUUAUUGGUCAGAAUCUUUAAAUAAGGUGUUUGUUGAUAAUUUUGAUCGUGACCCUUCUCUCAUCUGGCAGUACUUUGGAAGUGCAAAAGGAUUUUUCAGACAAUAUCCAGGAAUUAAAUGGGAACCUGAUGAAAAUGGAGUCAUUGCGUUUGACUGCAGAAAUAGAAAAUGGUACAUCCAGGCAGCAACUUCUCCUAAAGAUGUGGUGAUUUUAGUAGAUGUCAGUGGCAGUAUGAAAGGGCUUCGCUUGACUAUUGCAAAACAGACAGUUUCAUCUAUUUUGGAUACCCUUGGAGAUGAUGACUUCUUCAAUAUAAUUGCU